CAGAGUGAGAGCUCCUACUUUUUCUCCUCCCUUAGUUUGUGGUGGGAGGACUCGCUGUCCAGCUGUUAGCCAGACAUAUCCACCGAUUUAACUGGUUUAUUUUUUUAUUUUUAAACACUGCCCACAAAGAUCCACGAAGAGGGUUCUUUCCGUGUGUUUUUGCUCGAAUAAGAUGGUCGUUUUGACAAAUAACAAUGAAGAACAGGAUUAUAUCCUGAUAGAGGAGCGUAAAUGCGCCUCCCUGCCAAGUUCUCCGGCAAAGCGAGUGUCUCCCACCAAAAAGAAGCAGUUCUUUAUCAACCAAGCCAUCCGCAACUCUGACCUCACUCCCCGAGCCAAAGGCAAGAAGAGCCUCCGCCGACAGGAGAACACACGCUUUCUUGCUAAUCUUCUUGAGAGGGAUGAGUGCUCCAAAGAUGAUCUGGAGGUUUGCAGUAACCCGGCCAUCCCGUCCAUCUUCACUGAAGCCUGCACCAAUGGAAACUACGUAGAGCCAUGGAAUGACUUCAUGAAUUGCUCUGGUGAGGAGCAGGAGAGGCUGUUGUCUCUGCUGGAGCAGGAGGAGGCCAAGAGGAAAAACACCAACCGGCUCCUCAAAGACCAGAGAAAUGUAAAUCCUGCCUUCUCCGCUCAGGAGUAUUUCCAGAGAAUCGAUCGCAGGCUGCGAGCCACUCUGAAACGAAAACAAAUCCCCAUGGGAACUCUGGAAGUACUUGAGGAAAAUCUCCUGAGCUUCUUCAACGCUCAACCUCACUCAGUUUACACAACCAACCUCGCCAGCAGCUUUGAGAGACUGCUGCUUCAUGCCAUCUGCCAGUACAUGGACCUCGUCUCUGCAAGCACCGACUACAAUGGCUCACGUCAGACUGAAGUGGUGAACAAACAAGAAGAGUUUCUGCCUCCUACACUUCUGCUGUCUGCCUACCUGGAGCAGAUGAGCUGAGACCAGGACCACGCCCUGUUUCCUCUGCAAGGCUCUGCUGCAGGCAGGAGUUCUGAGAGAUGUAGAUGAGGUGCGCAGUACGUAUGUGAUCUGUGUAAUGUCCACCAAGCUCCACAAACAGAGCCGAAAGAUGCCUGCUUCCUUCUGUUGGUCUCUGGUUUCUGUAGUAAAUUUUCCAUUAAUUUGGUCCACAAUCAAAUCAGAGUUCAUCGACCCCGUAUGUAAACAGGCUUCUUAUACAUCCUAUACAUGUAAAAUGUUAGAUGGUAAGCGUGCUGACCGUAUGCAUGUUAGUACGCUGAGGUCAACAUUCAGCUCAGCCCGAGUGCGGUAAAACACACAUCUGAGGCUGACGAAGUACAAUCUGAACUGAUAAAAGUCUGAAAGAGCUGACUCCGAGAUGUCCUGACAUGGCCACUGUGCAGAGAAUAACCCGUCUUGAUUUAGGUUGCAACAUGACGUCUUGUCUUGCACUAGCCUCAGGCCAAAUUUUACAUUUUCUGCCCCACUGUUGAAGACUUAAAAGUAGUAGUGGUAGUAGAGUCGUCAGAGCCUGCAUGGCUUGAUAUUCUUUAAGAACCAAUGAACUACUGUUUCCACAAGACUUAGGGAAUUAAAUGAACUCCCUUUCCCUUAUUUACCAAGUAUUUAAAAUACUUACAUUAAUAAUAGUAUAGGGAUGAUUAAUAUUUCUCCACAAGAAGACAAUGUGAUAAUCUCAUGAUCAUGGUGUUCACGAUAAUGACAAAACAGAUGGCAGCAGUUGUCAUAUUAUUAUCAUAGCAUUAUGUCAAAAUUUAUUUAUAAGCCAGACAUGCACAAGACGUGAUCGUUGCACACCUGUAUACAAACAGGUGAGAUGAAGUAAUGGUUCAAAAUAAAAAAUCAGCUUCCGCACACGGUCAACACUUAUGGUGAAUUUAUUUAAUAGCUAUGUCUCGGUCAAGCGACCUUUAUCAGGUAUUUUACACAGCAAAUGACAAUAAGCCUGCAAAUACAUCGAUGAGCCAAAACAUUAUGACCACUCACAGAUAAAGCAGAUAACCGUAAUUGUCCCGUAACAGCAGCGCAUGUCAAUGUCUGGGAUAUAUUAGACCGUAAGUGAGCAGUUGGUUAUUGUAGACUACGUGUUGGAUGCAGGAGAAAUGGGCAGCUCUAAGGACCUGAGUGAGUUUGGCAAGGUCCAAAUGAUUAUGAAAAGAUGACUGGGUAAGCCCAGGGGGGGGACUUUGAGGGGGGACAAAUCAUGAACUGUCUGGGCCAAACCGACAGAAGGGCUGUUUUGUCUUUUUGUUGAAAGUGUGCGGUAGCUGUUUUUUCUUCUUCCUUUUACAAAAUGUAUUUAGAAGCCAUAGCAUAAUUUCCAUAUAACAUUAAUGGAUAGCGUUGCCAUAAUGCGGAGUAUUGACAUUUUAUCACUGACAAACGGAAUAAAUUCUGUGGUCGUCACUCCAAAACAGUGGUCCUAGAAAACACUGCGGACACGUUCACCAACGGAGGAUUUAGAGCUAUGCUGACCGAAGACGGCCUGCGGCAAAUUUUUGUUUUUAAAAGUGUCAGAAAUUUAGGAGCAAAUUAUCACAGUGUGACGGUUGCUAUCCGGCAACUGUCCGGCAAACUAUGUCGUAUGUGCCAUUUCUGAAUAAAGUGUAGGGAAAAUAGCACACACAUGCAUACACACACAAACCAGAGCAAUGGAGGCGACAGGAAAAGAAGAAAACCUUGCAGAGCUACAUUUUCAGAACGUUGAGGGCGGAGCAGAUGGAUGAGACGAGCUGAUGGCGUGCCUUUACUCUCAUAUACCGAUAUUCUGUUUACAUCGUAGUGCUACAAUUCACCAUGUAUUGGUACUGAAAUCGUACAGUCUGACACAGCUUGAGACAAAGAUUUUACCAGACCAAUCCCGAACAGUGUGACGUGCAGUAAACUUACACAAUCGUUGUCAUACAGUUUAACGGCGCUUUAACGUGAUGGUAGUGUCAUUACUUAAUUUUCCAUCAUUACAUCCGUCAUGAUUAUUAACAAGUUAAGUUCCUGAAAUAUAUCAUGUAACAUGAACAUUGCUUCACUCCAAACUGACUUACAACCCAACAUGACUUUUCAGUUUUGUAAUGUUUCCAUGGUAAAGGCAACACCACAGAACUCGCUUGUUAAGUUAUAUUUAAUUUUCAUUUCAGUAAAGCACAACUUCAUAACAGUAAAUAAUGAUGAUUUAAAAAAAAAAAAAAAAAAAGAACGGAAAAUUUACUUGGAACCCAUUCCUCCUCUAUGUAGGAAUGUAGUCUCAGCUCUGUUCAGACCCUGUAGGGCUCACAGUGAAUGACGGUUUGUACAUGUGCUAAGGCAGAGGAAGCGCUCUGCUGUAUCAGGAGAUGCAUCACUGCCUGACGUAUUAGCCUGUUGGAUUUAUUUAAGUAGUAAGGUAUAGAGCAUGAAUAUUAAUAAUCUCUCUACAUUAUAUGCAGACACAUCGCUCAUCAUCUUAGGUAAAGAAGUAAAUGUCUGUCGUCAAGGGUGUAAAAUAACAGCUUCCAGUAUGCUUGGGGAGUAAAGUGAAAUAAUUAUUUUAUAAUCAUCUCUGUGCCGUGUAUAAGAAUUAAACUCGCUCUUUAGGUACAUUUUCUUCAGGAUCUGUUUUGGGGGAUUUUUUUCUGUGUGUCUUUCUCCGCUAGCUUUGUCUAACCUUGUCUACACCAGUUGUGUUUCAGCUGCAUUUUUCAGUUAUCAUCUGAGGGAUACGCUCACUUUUAGCCAACAAAACCGCUGAUAUUGAUGGAGUAACGACUUAGAAACAACUGAGUGCCGACUGCAUAACGACUUUGACAUGAAACAUUAUUUUACUAGGCUUUUUUUCCCACUUGAAGGUAAAAUACACGACUGUAUGGAAGCACUGUGGAUGAACAGAUCCAGUAUAGACAGUGGCAGACGGCUGCCGCUGCUCAUGUUGUGUUGCUGAUGUGCUGCUUUCACUGCUGACUGGUGUAGACAAGGUGACUGAAAUGUUAUUUCAGUCAUAGUCAAUAUUCAAAAACAAGAUAAGGAACUUUACUAUUGUGAAAGAUUGCUAGUGUCCCUGUACUUUUAGAUUUAUUGAUAGAUUUUUUUCAACAUGCACAAUGUUCGUCUGGUUUACAUUUGACGCAGUUACAACUUUAAAGGAUCUUUCUGACAUGAACUGGUAAACUGGUUUAAAAGUCUACUGUAUGUACACUAGAUGAGUUACAUUGGUAGACAAAUAACCACAUUGAAUGUGUUUUGAUGGUAAAAAACCUGCUGGGGUUUGACUCUCAGCUAUGUGUCAUCUCAAAAUCAACAUGUACAACCCCAGAAAAGCACUUCUGCCUUAUGAAUACAAGUUUCUCUGUUUUUUCUGUACAUAUAUUUCUACAUUUGUACUUGAAUGGAUUUUGGAAACAUGUAUCCAGGUUCUUUAAAAAAAAACAAAAAAACAACGUUAUCCCUGAUUUCUUUUUAUACUGUUGUCGGCGGUGUAACAGAACUUGACCUGUUGGUGCAUAUUGUCAGCAACCAAAGUUUGUGCGUUUGUUGUGUGGAAACCCAACUUCUCAGGCUUUCAAUUCCUCAUUCUGAAUGUCAUGUAGUGACUUCACAUGGUGUCAUUUUCUGUGUACUGUAUGCUCGCAUCAAGACGAACUUGUUUGGAUCUUGUUCACCCCAGCACUCUGGGGCGCUGCCAACUUUUUAAAUACCUGUAGAAGUAGUUGUGCUGUAAAUAAUGAACUCAGUUAAUUGACUUGUGCCAACAUUUGGAUUGAAAAAGCCUGUAAUAGUCUGAAAGCUUUAUAAACUAGACUGUAACAUCUUUGUGUGUAAUGAUAUGUGUGCUGCAGUACCUAUUUAUAGUUACCACUGCAACUAUGAAAGGAUUUCAGAUAGAUUUUCUCAUUUCAUUGUGUACCAAUUUUUUUCAAAAUGCUGAAAGCCAUGUCUGAAAAGGUGGUUUCAAUAAAUGUCAA